UCUAUCCAAGUGAUAGAAGGAGGAAGGGGGAGGAGGUUUUCACAAAAUGGUCACUCAUCCUGGAUGCAUAUCAUACCAUCAGGAAGACCAUUUUGAACAACCAUAGAGCCAUGUCAGUUACAGACAUCCAACUUCCUCUUUUAAACAGGAAGACUCUCCAACAGUGGUUCAAUGAGAUGAGUAAGGAUGAGGAGAAGAAAAUCCUAAUGCAGGGUCUUGCACUUCCUACACCAAAAAUGACAGUAGCCAAGGCACCAGAAGCCUUGCCCAAGCCAACAUCUUUGCCAGCAGGAAGCACAGACCCCUUCUCUUUUAAUGAUCCACCCUCUAAAAUUGGUAUGGCCAAAGAACACUCCAAACGCACCAAUACCAGCUGUGGCACCUGUUUUUCCUUGCCCGACACCUUCUUGCGAUCCUGUAAUGAGCUUCCAAUUGAUCACAACUACAGAAGGCACUGCUUUGUUGAUUCCAAAUAUUCCACACUCCACAAAGCAGUACCAGAAACGAAAACAAGAGCUUUAGGAGCAAGGGCGACCAAAAAGGAACUCUAA